AGGCGCUUUUUGUUGUUGUUCGUCUAGACAGCAGCGCACGUCAAACUUUCUGAAGUUUGUUUUACAUUUCGUAUGUUAUCAUAUUGCUUUUUCAGAGACAGUUUUUUGAUCAAAAUUACUUAUACUAGUCUUAUAGCCAACUUUAGCUUCGGGAGUAUGAAUCGUUAAAUAGCCGUUGUUUCGCAGUUGUCGUAAGGCUCAAAUGUUAAAGCCGAUCUAAAAAAAAAAAAAAAAAACAUGCACUAGUUUAGCCAAGAUUGCCCAUUUCGCCUCCGUCUGUAAUGCUUUAGUUAUACUGUUCAGCUGCGAAACAAGCCAUGCGGAGAAAACUGCCUAAAUGAUAUGCCUGGCUACGUGUGUCCACUUUAUACUGACUUGUACUAGCUCUUUACCUGAAAGGUCACCGGACUCUUCUUCUGGGUCAAGGCCUCAUCGCUGAUGAUGGAUCAGUACCAUAUUUUGGAGGUUAUCGGGGAAGGGUCAUUCGGCCGAGUGUACAAAGGCCGCAGGAAGUUUAGCGGCCAGGUCGUGGCUCUGAAGUUCAUUCCCAAAGUUGGCCGCUCAGAGAAGGACCUGCGCAGUUUGAAAAGAGAGAUUGACAUCAUGAGGGGGCUUAAGCACCCCAACAUAGUGCUGCUUUUAGACAGCUUUGAGACAGAGAGGGAGGUGGUGGUGGUAACUGAGUAUGCAGAGGGUGAGCUGUUUCAGAUCCUGGAGGAUGAUGGGAGUUUACCUGAGAAUCAGGUGAGUGAAAUAGCCUGCCAGCUUGUUUCUGCCCUGUAUUAUCUGCACUCCCAUCGCAUUUUACACCGUGACAUGAAACCACAAAACAUCCUGCUGGGAAAAGGAGGAGUAGUAAAGCUCUGUGACUUUGGAUUUGCUCGUGCCAUGAGUGUGUCCACCUUGGUGUUGACCUCUAUUAAGGGGACUCCUCUCUACAUGUCUCCGGAAUUAGUGGAAGAGAAACCUUAUGACCACUCAGCUGACCUUUGGUCUCUGGGCUGCAUCCUCUAUGAGCUCCACACGGGGGCGCCUCCAUUCUACACCAACUCCAUCUUUCGGCUGGUGCAGCUUAUAGUGAGAGAUCCAGUGAAAUGGCCAGACAACAUGAGCCAAGACUGCCUGAGUUUUCUGAAGGGACUGCUGAUGAAAGACCCAGAGAAGAGGUUGUCAUGGCCUGACCUGCUUCAUCACCCUUUUGUUGCAGAUGGAGUUUUGACGGUGUCAGACGAGGGUUCAAGCAACCCUCUGACAGUCCCACCCAGCCUGGACCUACAGGCCCUGAAACACCAGCAGGCUGCAGAGAAGACAACGGCACGCGGUGGAGAGGGCAAACUACUGUGCAAAGCUAGAGAGCUACGAGAGAAAGAGAAGAUUUACAGACAGGAGAUUGGGAGUGGAAGUGCUGUGCGUGCCAGUAAGACAGCUUCUGCUGGAGGAGCCCCCACCACUGGCCACUCAUUGGGCAGCACCUUUUCAGUGGAUCAAAAUUCAUCUCAGCCAGCAACCAAUCAGCAUCAAGCAAAUGACAACAGUGUUACCAGAGUGCGCUCAGCUCCACAUAAAGGCCAGAUCAGUAGAGACUAUGAGAGGGAGUUCCCUUCGGUUGAAGUGGGACCCCGGGAAGUUCUGAAGCGCCCUGGACAUGCACGGACCAGUCUGGCUUCUGUCAGGAUGGACAGUGAGGAACAAGAUAUCGACAGUGAUUAUGAGUGGCAACGAUUGAUUGAAAUAAAUGAACAGGGCCCUGUAAACACUUCCAUUCUUCAGAAGUUAAAAACCAGGUUGCUUGUAACCAAAAACCAGCUAUUGGUCAGCAAAGGUGAAGAGGCCCCUUCAGUUCUACAACCACUGAAGAUCCUCAGGAACAUUGUUCAGAGCUGUCAGUGUGGUGAUGUUGAAACACUGGGCAAAGAGUUGGAACUGCCUCAUCUACUGUUCAACCUGACUGAAGACAUCCUGAACAUUCCAGAUCUAAUGCAGGACUCACAGGGUGAGAUAGUUUUGGGAGAUCUGAUGAAUGUUCUCAUAAUGUACCUGGAAAAGAGCCCGGGCUGGGAGAUAAAAGGGAGGAGAGCUGAGGAUCUCUGUCAGCUAUUUAUAUCGGUAUUUCUCUGUCGAGACCCAAAGCGUUCAGCGCUUUUGGCAACAGCAGUCUUAACCUUGUUCACUCGCCGUGGUAUAUCUGUGAAUGUCAGUAUGGAAGGGCUUACAGCCUUUUUGGGGAAUAUUUUGACAGACACAGCAGAGGCACAUAACCCCUUACCUGCAGGUUGGGGCAUGUGUGAUGGCCUUCUGUCACUGAUUCUCCACAGACUAUCUGAGUGUGAUAGCAGCUCACUGCUCGACUUUCAGAACUCAGAGCUUUGGCCCUGCUUGUGGGCUAAAGUAAACACCACACUGGAAACCGCAACGCCCCAGAGUUGCCUUUUUUCUCCGAAUGGUCUGUACGUGUUCCUCUCUCUCGCUUUAUUGGUUUUCUCCAGCGAUUCGUAUAACUGUGUGGCUCUCCUGUCGGAUAACUCCACAAACUGCUCCUCUGCCCUCAGCCACUUUCUCACCACCAGUUGUGCUGCAUUGCUUGAGCGCGGUAUUUUCUGGGGUGACUCAGAAAUAAGCAGCCUAUCAGUGAUGAGCUGUCAACUUCUCUGCAUCCCCUUCUCUCUGGAGUUACCCUUAGAAAAACUUCUUUCUGUUCUCAGAUCGUAUCAAAGCUCAAAUAUUGUGGCUGGUUUAGUUCAGAUGAUUCAAACUCUUCCUGUUGCCCUGGUGGAGCUUCCACUGUGUCUUCUGAAUCGUCUACUGCUAUCUGACCCGCAGCACACCGCUCCAUGCCUUAUCACUGCAGCCCAGGCCACCUCUUUCCUCCCUUACAGCACAGAAUGCUCAGACAAUAGAGCAGACCACACUCAGAAUCAAUUUAACCACUUCGGGAAUGGUGUGGAGCAAUUUAAGAGCAAUGGAAUUGCAAAAAAAAACAAGAUAGAUCAUAACAAAGGUGACAUCAAAUCAAAGAAGAGGUUAGAGCAGCUCAAAGGCAAUGUAGAUGCAUCUAAGGAAAAAAAUUAUUCUAUAAAGACUCAAUACCAGUCAUCCAGAAACAAGAAUGAGAAGAUCAGAGAUUUGGCAAAAACCAAAAUAUAUCCACAGAAGACCAUGGACCAUCUAAGAGAUAAAAUAGAGCAGCAGAGCAGUUGUAUAGAGGAGCUCAUGGACAGUUUGGAAAUCCAUGGCAGUUCUGUAGGGCGUCUCCAAUAUCUCUCAUCUCAGCAAGGGUGCAACAUCAGCUGGCUUAUAGACAGUCUGGAGGAGUUAAGAAGUUGUGAUCACCCCAAGGUCUCCAAGGCUAAAAUUCGAUCCUCACCAGAAGAGGUCAGAACAGCAGGUUCUCUGUUGGCUGUUUUGCUACAAAGUGAACUUCUCAGUGGGUGCGCAGUGGAACUCCUUAUCCUUCUCUCCCACCUAACACGUCAUCUCACCCAUCAUUCUUCCUUCUUUCUUCCUGUUGAAACCACUCAACUGCAGUUUGCAUUGCGCCACCGAGAUGAUGGAAUCCGAGCGGCCUGCUGUGGCUUACUGGGCAACCUGGGCUCAGGUGUCAGGCAGGUCAUUGGUAAAUCAAACUUUGACUUAUUCCAGGACCUGUUAGGUUGCUUGUGCGAUCUUGCUCCAUCCGUUCGUAGGGCAGCUUGCAAGGCGGUGGGAAACUGGCUGAGUGUAAUGAGAAAAACCGAUCUAACUAUUUCCAAUAAAGUUUUCAAGAAUACGACUGGCAUUAAUGCCUUGUCGGUACAAGACAAAUUGAAGAGGACACCAGCAAUGGAAGGCAUCAGACACAGUGAGAGAGACGUAUGGAUGGAGCUGGCCAUGGGAGCUGCUCGUCCCCUCGUGUCUCUGCUGUCAGAUGCUGAUAAUGUCAUUCGACAGCACUGCUGUGGGGCCUUGGGUAACCUGGCUGCUUUUGGCGGAGGGAAUGGAGCACUUCUCAAUGCAGAUGCUCCAGGCUUGAUUCUCCAAACUGCCUGUAAUGAUUCCCAUCAUGCAGUGCGUCGGGCGGCUGUGGCCACUCUGCGUGUGUUUAGCCAACAAAACACAUUACUGCAGGCUCUGAGGUCUCUAGAUGCAGGAAGAAAACUCUGUCGCACAUCCCAAAGCUCUUUAUUUCAGAGGGAUUAUCAAUGGCUUGUCAGCAAGUUGGACGGAAGGAAAAACAUAAAACAUCAGCCUCAUAAGUUUGACAGAAAUUGA